AUGAGCAUAUUGGCUCUGACUUGGCUGGCGUCUUUCUCUGGCGUUGGAGACCUCCUUUUCAGAAGCGGCCGCGCACGGGCUGCUGAAGGUGGAGUCCUUCAUGCUGGUGCUGGUGUGCACAUUACGCCCCGGUAUAGACAGUUCCCCUGGCUGACCAGAACCCAGGUGAUCUGGAGUGAGAUCUUUCUUGCAACCACAUGGUUCUGGAUUCUCUGGCGCUUUUGGCAUGACUCAGAAGUCAUGCUGAGUCACUGUCCUCACUGUCCGUCUCCUGAUCCUUCCCAGUGGACAGAUGAAGAAUUAGGUAUCCCUCCUGAUGACGAAGACUGA